AUGGCCGACUACACAGUACCCCUCUGGCUGGACGGCAACCAAGUCGUCACCGAUACCACCUUCGAUGUCAACUCGCCCAAGACGGAAAAGAAGCUGUACAGCUGCUCAUCAGCCUCGGUCGAAGAUGCCCAGAAAGCCGUAGACUCGUGCCAACGCGCCUGGAAGUCAUGGAAGAAGACCAAGAGCACCGAGAUUCGCAAGAUCCUCCUGAAGGCUGCCGAUAUCAUGGAGAGCCGCUUGGACGAGCUGGCCGGAUACCAAAUGGAAGAGACGGGUGCUCCCGACUUCAUUGUCAAGAGCUUCAACUUGCCUACAACUGUCGAGAUGUUCAGAGAUGUUGCUGGUCGCAUUGGCAGUAUCGUCGGCAUGAUUCCUCAGACUCAAGAUGGCGGAGCUUUGGUCUUCAAGGAGCCUUACGGCGUCAUUCUGGGUAUCGCUCCUUGGAAUGCUCCCUACAUCCUUGGUUUGAGAGCAGUUAUUUAUGCUCUGGCCACCGGCAACACUGCCAUCCUCAAGGGAAGCGAGCUGUCUCCUCGUUCCUUCUGGGCCAUCGGAAGUGUCUUCCACGAGGCUGGUCUGCCCGCCGGUGUCCUCAACGUCUUGUACCACCGUCCCCAAGAUGCCGCCGCCGUUACCAACAGGCUUAUCGAGGCACCCGAAAUCAAGAAGGUCAACUUCACCGGUAGCACCGCUGUCGGUGCCAUCAUCGCAGCCAAGUCCGGUGAGAACCUCAAGCCCUGUCUCAUGGAGCUAGGCGGCAAAGCAUCAGCUCUCGUCCUCGACGAUGCAGACAUCGAGAAUGCCGCUUUCCAAUGCGCCCUGGGAGCUUUCGUCCACGCUGGUCAGAUCUGCAUGUCCACCGAGCGCAUUGUUGUCCACAAGUCCAUCCUCGAACCCUUCUCAGAAGCUCUGAAGGGCGCAAUCGCAAAGAUUUACCCCGACUCUGGUGAAGCACCUAUUUUGGUUGCUAGACCUGCAGUUGAGAAGAACCAGAAGCUCGUCAAGGAUGCUGUAGAAAAGGGUGCCAAGCUGCUUUACGGUGACUUGAACUCCAAGGAGACAAACUCACACCGUCUUCGUCCAUUCGUCGUACAGGACGUGACCAAGGAGAUGGACCUCUACUACACCGAGUCUUUCGGACCUUCCGUAUCACUUCUCACCGUCGAGUCAGACGAUGAAGCCGUGGACUAUGCCAACGACACCGAGUACGGUCUCUCUGGUGCCAUCUUCACCAAGGACUUACAAAGAGGUAUCAGACUCGCCAGACAGAUCGACAGCGGUGCUAUUCACAUCAACCAAAUGUCUGUGCAUGACGAAGCUGGCCUGCCUCAUGGUGGUGUUAAGAAGUCUGGCUGGGGACGUUUCAACCACGAGUAUGGUCUUAACGAGUUCCUGAAGCUCAAGACUGUCACCUUCGCUGGCGACUGGUGA